AUGGACUUUACUCCGCUCGUACCGGCAAGCAGCAUACAGUCGAGCGCAUGCGACCUUUUUGUUGCCUCAGUCAUUUUCCCGUCGAGUCUCGUCGUUCGCUCCGUCGCUACACUUGGCAUAGCUCGAGUUAUCUCCCUGGAACCCAAUUUCACGCGCAACAUUAUCGCUAUGCGCUGGUCACCCUCGACAACGGGAAGUUCUCGCAUUCUUCUUGUUCACAGUGACAAGAUUGUACAUAUUUACGAUGUCAUGAAUCAAGAGCGGUGUUGGACUAUUGACGAGAGCGAAUCGGGUAUCAGGCACGUUGAGUGGUCUGCCGACGGCCUCGAUGUGCUCACAUGGUCAGAUCAUCACCUGUAUCUGUCAAUCUGGUCUCUCAGUGGUCAAGGUUUUGUUGUUCCUCACCCAAAAGCAGGCAGCCACAGCCACAGCAGCCGUCCCGGACAACCACAACAGGUCGCCGUCCUGCAGAGGGAAGCUCAGGAUCAAGUCUCUCUCGCCUCAAAAGCAUCCGAUGGCGAAUGGACCAUCGCGCACACCUUCUCAAUUGACACGACAGAUGCAUGUGGGCUCGCUUGGAGCCCAAGUGGCAAGUGGCUGGCUGUAUGGGACCAUCCGAUCGAAUAUCGCAUCCUAAUCUACACCGCUAGUGGUCUGCUUGUGCGAAAAUAUGAAGCGUAUGAUCUUGGCCUAGGUAUCCUCUCGGUUGUCUGGUCGACCGAUGGAGAAUACUUGGCUGUAGGGUCUUAUGAUGGCAGAGUCCGCCUGCUCAAUACUUUCACAUUCGCACCCACCACAGAGAUACUUCACAAUGAAUUGGUACGUGACCCAAGCAUACAGGCUUGGCGGGAGGUUUUCGGAGCGACAGAGCGUCGUUAUGAUUCAGCACAGGCGCCAAUGUCACUACCAACUGCCAAAGCCCUCCCAACGGAGCUGCCAAAAACAGGUGUAUCCCUAUUGCUCUUCAGUCCGGAUGGCAGACAUCUGGUAACGCGCUCCGAUGCUAUGCCCACGACUCUAUGGAUUUGGUCGCUAGCUGAAAUGAUCCCAUUGGCGCUUCUGGUGCAACUGAAUGCAGUCAAGACUGUUCGAUGGCACCCGGAUGAGUCUGGCCUCCUUGUAUUCAGCUGUCAAGCGACCGACAAAACGAGCAAUAACUCAGUGUACUUGUGGUGUUGCGACUGGGAUACACCGCGUAUUGUUGAAAUUCCCCAGCCAGAUUUUAACAUGCAAUGGUUCGAGGUCUUCGCAGACAAGCACACUCUUGAGGCAGGCAUGCUUUUUGGUGGUCAAGGCGUUGUCACGAUGGGGUACCUAGUGGAUGAGACGAUGACUUGCAUUGGCACUAUUGAGGAGGCUGAGUCCGAGGGCGAAGUGGAUCGGCAGGAGCCAGCGUCCUUGAACACUUUCAACGGUACCUCAUCCCUGAUUAUUCACGACACACUUCCUGCUGCUGUUCGGGUAUAG